UUUGGUUGGUUUUUGUAUUAAAAAGCCAACGUCGUCGUUCCUCGCUUUUUUGCUACAAAUUAUUUUUAUUUAAAUAAAUUAGAAAUAAAAUAAUUUAUUUAAAUCCAGUAGAGUAAAUAGUAGCAUUAAUACUUAAAUAUUCAUAUAAUAUUUAAAUCAACGAAGAACGUGCACAUAAAAAAGUAAAUCCUUUUACGUUUAACGACAUAAAAAGACGACGAAAAAAAAAUCACGUAAGAAAAAAUUGAUUUUUCAUCGUCACAAAGAACUACAAAUUAUAAAAAAAAGAAAGCGAGGCGGCGGCUUUGGUCAUUUAUAAAAAAAAGAAGUUAUACAUAUAAAUUAUAACUUUUUUUCGCUAUUAGAAGUAAAAAAUACAUUCUAAUAAGUCAAAUAUUUUCUCAAACGAGUUUUUGUGAAAAAUAUAAUAUACACAUUAGGAAUACUAUCCUAAACAAAUAUCCUUACUGAAGUUAAAUAAAAACUUAAAAAAACGCUAUUAUCUGCUUUUUUAAAUUAAAUAUUUAUCCAUUGAUAAUAUAAAUCGAAAACCAGAAGAAAACAAAAUGUAUCCAAACGGUUAUACAGCUACUGCUCCCGGUGUCGGUGCCCCAGCUCAAAGUUACGGUAAUGCCAAUGCCGGUGGACCAUCACGUACAGAUCGUCCCCAUUAUCAGCGUAAUGCUAACGGUAUGGCCAAUGGUGCUGUUGGCGGUGGAAUGGCUGGUGGUUAUGGCGGUGCCCCCAACAAUAUGGCUGGAGGCUAUGGCGGUGCACCACAAAACGUGGGUGGUUAUGGUGGAGGUUAUCGUGGUAAUAAUUUUAACCCCAUGCUGGCCAACGGUGGAUUUUAUAACAAUGCAGCUGCAGGAGGCUUUCAACCACGUGCCAAAAACCCUAAUUUUGUGCCACGUCACCAGAAACCACAAAACGGUGGAGGCUACCAGGGCAACAACCCAUACAAACCAUCCAUCAACAUUGCAAAUUUGUCCAAGGAAGAACGCGCCGAGUUGCAACGUGAAAAGGCCAAGAAUCCCGGUCGCACUCUUGUCACACCCGAGUGGCAAAAUUUGCAGCCAUUCAAAAAGAAUUUCUAUAAUCCACAUCAGAACACUUUGAACAUGAGCGAACAGCAAGUGGCUGAGAUGCGUGCAGAGUUGCAGAUUACUGUGUCGGGCAAUGAAAUUCCACAUCCCAUUGGUUCGUUCGAGGAAUGCACAUUGCCAGAAUACACCAUUGAAGAAAUGAAACGUCAAGGUUUCACCAAACCAACAGCUAUUCAAGCACAGGGUUGGCCAAUUGCCCUAUCUGGGCGUGAUUUGGUAGGUAUUGCCCAGACAGGUUCUGGCAAGACAUUGGCCUAUAUGCUGCCAGCUAUGGUUCAUAUUGCCAAUCAACCACCAUUGCAACGUGGUGAAGGCCCCAUUGCCCUGGUGUUGGCACCAACGCGUGAAUUGGCCCAACAGAUCCAGUCGGUGGUGCGUGAUUUUGGCCACUUGUGUAAACCCGAAAUACGUCAUACCUGUAUUUUCGGUGGAUCCUCUAAGGUGCCCCAGGCACGUGAUUUAGAUCGCGGUGUAGAAGUGAUUAUUGCCACACCUGGCCGUCUAAUUGAUUUCCUCGAAAAUCGUACCACAAAUUUGCAACGUUGCACCUAUUUGGUGUUGGAUGAAGCUGAUCGCAUGUUGGAUAUGGGUUUUGAGCCCCAAAUUCGUAAAAUUAUUGAACAAAUUCGUCCAGAUCGUCAAGUGGUCAUGUGGUCUGCCACCUGGCCCAAGGAAGUGCAAGCUUUGGCCGGUGAUUUCCUCAACGAUUAUAUACAGAUUAAUAUUGGUUCCAUGAAUCUCUCGGCCAAUCAUAAUAUUCGUCAAAUUGUCGAAGUCUGUCAGGAGAACGAGAAACCGCAGCGCAUUGUCAAGCUGUUGAAUGAAAUUUUGCCAACAACAAAUAAUGCCGCCAAUAAUAGCAACAAGAUUAUCAUCUUCGUGGAGACCAAAAUUAAGGUUGAAGAGAUAUUGCAAAUCAUUCGCAAUGAAGGCUACACGGCCACAUCCAUACAUGGCGAUAAAUCUCAAGCUGAACGUGACUCAACCUUAAAAGAUUUCCGCAAUGGUAAGUCAAACAUAUUAAUUGCCACUGAUGUGGCUUCGCGUGGUCUGGAUGUUGAAGAUUUGCAGUAUGUCAUCAAUUAUGAUUAUCCCAAUUCAUCGGAGAAUUAUGUACAUCGCAUUGGUCGCACGGGACGUUGCCAACAAUUGGGCACAGCCUACACAUUCUUUACCCCGGACAAUGCCAAACAGGCCCGAGAACUAUUGUCGGUGUUGGAAGAAGCUGGCCAACAGCCAAAUCCAGCAUUAGUUGAAAUGGCACGUUCAAUGGGCGGUGGUAAUGGCAAUGGACGCAACAAUAAUAGACGUUGGACCCAAAAUGGCAACAAUCAACAACAGCAACGUAAUAAUCCCUUGAAUUAUCAAGCGAAUGGUGGAGGAAAUGCCAAUGGCUAUGCCAAACCCGGUUAUCAACAAUAUGGCAGUCAGAGUGGUGGAAAUAACUAUCAAAAUGGCGGAGCACCCAAGAAUGGGGCCGGCGGCAUGGGUAAUUGGAAUAAUCGUGCUAAUGGCCAGUACAACAAUGCCGGCAAUGGUCAAGAUCAAGCUAACAGAUCUUACCGUCCAAGGGCUCCAUUCAAUGCCCCCAAUGGAGCUGGGCCACGUCAGGUAAUGGGCGGUUUCAUGCAUCCCCAUAUGCCACCACAUAUGCAACAAGGCGCCAAUGGUUUUAUUCCCCAGCAACAAUAUCGUCCUCGUGGACAAUAUAUGCCACCCAAUGGAAAUGCACCACGAUUCCAACAGCAGCAGCAACAAUACCAGAAACGUGACUACCAACAACAGCAGCAGCAAAUGAACGGCGCGGCUGCUGGUGGGUAUAAUAAGCCACAAGGACAGCAACAAAAUGGCCAAAUGAUGGAUAAUGCACAAGGCCAAAAUGAUAAUGCUGCAGCUAUGGCAGCAGCAGCAGCCCAACAACAGCAGCAACAAAUGAAUAAUAUUGCUGCAGCUGUGGCAGCAGCUGGUGGCCAGGUCGAAUAUCCCAGCAAUGUGUCGACACCACCAGCCGGAGCUUUAUAUGCCGCACCAGCACAAUCGCCACCAACAACAGCUGGGGCCUACAUGUAUGAUGCUAAUGGCAUGUUGGCUGCUGCAGCAGCUGCCGCCGGCAAUCCUUAUGCUGGUCAAUAUGGACCACCACACACAGCUUAUUAUGCCCAUCCACAUCAGUUUGCCACAGCUGCAACGGCAGCCAAUGGCAAUGGAGCUGCUACACCCGAAAUUAUUGCCCAGCAACAGUAAGUUGUGGAGUAAUCUACCCCACACACACACAUACUUCUUUUCAAUUAAUAACAAAAUAUUACUACUGAGAAAAAAAAAACAAAAUAUUAAGAAAUAUAAAACAUAAAAUAAUUAAAUAUUAACAUACAAAUAUCAAUUAAUCACAAUGCUACUCUACUAAAGGAAAAAAAGCCCCAAGAAAAAAUGAUGAUUUCUUUUUCUCCAAAACCAAAAGCAAGAAAAAAUCGAAGCAUUAAAUCGAUUUUGUCAAUGAAAGAACAACUAAAAAACCAAAAGGAGUUUAUUUUCCAACGAAAACGGAAAAUACAAUAAUAAUCAAUUUAAUGGACACAGCAUUUUAUAUAGCAGCAGGCAACAACAGCAACAUCUACUCUAUUAGAUGCUGGUCAUCUAAGAUUAUACAGUAAGAGAGACGCAACUCCUUUAUUUCAAAAUAAUUAAGAAGGAAACUGAAACUAAAACAAAUCAACAUUUCCACCACCACCAAAAACAUAAUUUUAUUCAAGAAAAAAGAAAUGAUGCCAGACAUUUUUUGAGAUGUCUCUACUUUUGGCCAUUGACAACAAAAUGAUGCUCUCUUCUGUACUCGUUGUGAUAUUUAAAAAUUUCAAUUUUAAUUAAUUAUUAUUAUAGGCAUACAAGCAGUGACUUGUGUCCUUUUCGUUAAACAAAAAAAUGUUUGUAACUUUACAACGUGUAGAAAGAAGAUGGGCCUUUUUGCUUAAAUGGAGAACGAAGCCUGAGACCCUUUAAAAAUGUUGGUCACACUUAUCUAUAAUUAGAAUUAUGAACGAUAAUGAUUAUAACCAUAGUAAUACAAUUUAUUUUUUUAAGACAAACAACAAAACAACAUUCAACAAAACAUCAAUAAUUAAUUAAUCAAGUCAUUGAACUUUUCAAACGGAUAUUGAAAAUAAUAAUGAAUUAUUUUGAGUUGAAUCCUUGAUAAACAAGAAACGAGAAUUUCAGAAUCGUCAUAUUUUUUUUUCUUUUUCUUUAUAAACAUUUAUAAGUAUACAUAUAAAUAUUAAUUUUAGUUUCUUAUUUUUACUUACAAUAAUAUUCAUUUUUGUAAAUUUACAAUGAGUAACAACAAAGAAUGUAAACAACUCGUGAAAAAAAAGUAUUUCAAAAAAAGAAUUUGAUAACAACAAUGAAACACAAAUAACCAACCAAAAAGAAAAACAAGCAAAACAAACACAAGAAGAAAGAAACGCGUUAAAACAAAAAUACAAUUAAUUUGAUUUAAAAAAAAUUAAUGAGCAACAAACAAAAUUUUACAUUGUUUUUAAGUGUACGACUUCUACUCUACCAAUAAGAACAACAACAAAAGAAUAGCAAGAGUUUGUUUUUUUGUAUUUAUUAUUUCCAUGAAAACAAAAAAUUUCACCAAGAAAAGAAUGAAACAAAUUUCUAUGAUUUUAUUUUAAUUUAGAAAUUUGUUUUUAUUAAUUUUUAAUUUUUCCCCCUUUUAUUAGUACUCACUCUCUGUGAAAGCAAUUUCUUGUUGAAAACAAGUAAAAAAAUGUAAUUAAAUGUAAAUUGAUACUUGCCAAAGCCGCCGCCUCCACCGCAUCGUCGCCUUCCUUUUUUUAAUGACAUUUAAGAAAUAUUUGAUGCUCUCAUAGAGAGCAAAGAACAAAACAAACACGAACUAAGAAAAAAAAUACAUUUCUUUUUGUGAAUUAAAUGCCUUGGACGACGACUUUAAAGUAGAAAUAAUACAAAAAAAAACAAAUCAUCAUUAAAUUACUAAUUGCAAAGUAAAAACUAAACAUUUUAAUGAUGAUCAAAAAACAAGAUACUAACUACCAUGAGAAAUUGAAUGAAAAAUCAUAUACAAACCAAAAACAAAAUGCGCCACAUACAUCCAUACAAAUAUAUACAAAAAGAGAUUUUAUGUUUUUUUUCGCAAAGAAAAUUUUUAAACAAUAAUAACAAAAUGCAACGACGAAUGCGUGUUAUUAUUAUAAGAAAUUCAAGCAAUUCGUUGAUUUUCUGGUAGACCAAGUCAAAAUAUUAGCAAGAUUCUAGAAAGCAAAAAUUAAACAUUUGAUCAUACACAAUUAAAUUGUGUGAAAUGGUUUAAAAAUUUGUCUAUUUUGAUUUAAGGAAUUAUUUAUUUAAAAAAGAGACAAUUUUUGAAAAAAAUCCGAAACAAGUGUAUUUUAUAUUUAUUUGAAGAAAAAUUUUUGAUUUGAUAAAACUUUGGGCACGUUUUUAGACUACUAAAUCCAAUUGAUUUCAAAUGUCGUAAAACCAAUGGAUAUUAUUUCACAUAUACGCUAUGGAAAUGACAUUUGAGACCGAGUGCAUUUAGUAGACCCGAGUGAUAGUAGUAGUCUCCAAGUUCUAUAAAAUCAAAAAUGUUUCUUCAAAUAAAAAAAUUCUCUUUUUUUUCAAAUCCAUUUUCUUUAUAAAAGACAAAUUUUUUGAAACAUUGGACUUAGUAAAUCUAAACAUACUUUUAUUUCUCAUAAUCUCUUCCUUUGCUGUAUGGAAAAGUCCUACCAGAAAAUCGCCGUAAAAAAUUAAAAAUCUCCCCCGACACACUAUACUGCACACAUUAUUUGAAAGAAAGGUAUAAAUGAAUUUAGUUUUUUUUAAUAACAAAUAGAUGAAAUUAAACCCAAAAAAAAAAAAAAGAAAAUACGAAUCCUUUUUAUGUGUGUUGUGUUUUUUAUAUGAAACAUAUAAUGAAAUGAUAAAAGAAAGACAGAAAGAUGUUAAAAACAAGAAAAACGCGCAAAAUAAAUUUUAAUUUUUUAUACUUUUUUUGUUUUUCUAAAAAUUACUAACCCAAACUUUUGCAAAACAGAAACUAUUGCAAAAGACUUUAACAAAGAAAAAAAGAAAUGGCCAGCACUCAAGAAACGAACAAAUAAUGUAUUAGUAGAAUAAAAUUCGUUUAAAAUUAAAUUCAAUGCCUAAAUAGAGAAUACAAAAGAAAAUUAUUCGAAUUUUUCUUUCGUUUUUGUUUUUUCUAGAAACGAAAAUCAUUAAUGUUUUUAAUCGAAUCGAAUAUGGUAGAGACAGAAGAAAACACAACAUUUGUGGUUAUGCUCUUUUGUAAAACUCUCUACCCUCUCUCUCUCUCUGUGAUGAUGUGUUGAAACCUCUAAAAACCACAACAAACAAAUAAGCAAAGGAUCUCAUAUUUUUAAUUACUAUUAUUACAAUAUAAUUUUUUUUUUUUAAUUUUUUUGUUAUUAGUUACUUAUUAUCACUCUCCUUUAACUAUAUAAUGAACGAAACAAAAAAAUAUGCUGUGAAAAAUGUCUGUUUUUUUUCUCUUGAAAAUUGACAGGCAAACAACAGCACAGCAACAAAGAUUGAACAAUAUUUUUGCAUUUAUUACAAGAUACAACAAUAAAAGAAGAGGAACAAACAAAAAACCAACCAAAAUCAACUUAAAUUGUGAAUUAUGAACUACUAUUCACAAGAGAAAUUAUGAAACAUUUUUUUUAAUAAAAAAAAGAAAACAAACUGAGAAAUAUAUGUGAUGUGAUAUAGGUUAAAAAAAGCAAAGAAGCUAAAUGAAACUACAUUUUUAUGGAUGAUAUGAGGCACAUUCUCUUUUUAACAUAAUUUGUUUUUUUUUUUUAUUUUUGUUUAACUUUAAAAAAUUAUUAUUUAUUUACAUUUACCAUAUAUACAUACCUAAAAAAACACACUCUUUCCCAAAAAAAAUAUGAUAAAUGAAUAUCAAUUUAUUUAAUAUUGUAACAAGGAAAAACAAGGCUAUUUACAACAUAUAUAUGUAUAUGAACUUUAAAGUGCAGUGUUUUCUACUCUCAGCAGAGGAAAACACUGAGUUUUUCUCUAAAAGUUCAUACUUUUCUUUAAACAAACAAAUAUCGUAUCGUAUGUUAAUUUCUAUCUCUCCGCCGCCCCCUCCACAAACCGAACAAAAUGUGAUAUUUCUCAAAGACGUAGAAGAAAAAAAAAACAAUUAAAACAAAAUACAAUUGUUUUACACAUUUUUAUUAAAAGGAACAAUAGCAAAAUUCUUUGACAUCUAAAAAAAAGAAAAAUUAAUUAAAUUCGGGUUUUUUAUGAAAGAAAAUCUUUUUAGAAACCAAAAAAAACACAAAAGAGAAACACUUGGUAUUUAAAGAUUUAUUUAUGAAAAUCAAAAUUCAAAAAUAAACACAUUGGUAAUUGGUGCUAAACUAUUCCCCCGGUAAAAAUACACAAAUUUUUUCCUUAUAACAUAAAAAAGGAAAUAAAUUUAUAACAGCCAAGUAUAAGAAAGAGUUAACUAUGAAAUUAAGAAAAUAUAUUUCCUAGUACUCUUUUUAUUGUCAAGAACAUACGAGGGAAAAAUAUUGUGUAGCAAAAAAGCAAGCAACUAUAAAAGACUUAAUUUUUUUUUUUUUUUUUUUUUGUAAAUCAAAAAUUUAGAUCUAAAACACAAAACAUACGAUAUUAUAUUGUAAACCUUUAAAAAAGACAGCAACAAGAACUAACUAACAAAAUUUUAUUUUAAUAUUGUUGUUCUCAUUGAUUGAAUAUAAAUUAAAUUAAAACAAACAAACAAAAAAAGAUAUAAGCAUUUUUUUGUUUAACAUCCGAAAUCUUGAAACAAUUCCCCCAAACUCAUAACAUAUUUCCAUUAUUAUUACUAAUUUUUCAUCGUUAUUAAUUUUUUUUACAAUCAUCAUAUGUCACUCCAUCUGUCCAUACGUACAGAUGGAGAAGAAACCAAACAUGUAUUCAAAUUAAAUGAAAUUCCGCAAACUAAAAUUUUUGAAAACAAACAAAAAAUGAAUAAAAACCUAUAAAACUUUCUUUAAUUACUCAUUGUAUAUGCAAUAAUAUUUAUGUUACCAUUUAAUUUUCUGUAAACAAAACCAACAACAAGAACAACCAAUAUGUAACGCAAAUAAAAAAUUGAAUUAUUUUGUUAA